GCGAGGCCCCAGAGGGCCCGAGAUGGCUUGGAGAUGGCCGAAGAGGGCCCCAAGAGGGCAUUCAAGAGGCAAUCCGUCGCCAUUUUGGCUCAAGCCGUUUGAGGUCGAGCCAUCUCUUUCCUGCCACUCGGCUAACAUAUCUUGGGUGGGAUGUCGCUGGAGCGCAACAUGGCUCUCUUGCGCAGCCGCGAACUCGGCGCGAGCACGAAGCAGCCCCAGCACAAGCAGCCCUCCUCCCUCUUCGGCCUCAAGGAGGGCGUCGUGAAGCACCGCCCCUCGAUCUCAGAGGAGGAGCUCGACGGGUUCUGGCGGGCGCCCGAGGCCGAGCCCGAGUCGGCGACGGCGCUGCAGGCGGCUCCAGCCAGCGAGCCGACGAGGUGGGUGGGCGCGGCGGUGCUGGCGCUCCGCGCGCGGCGGCCCGGCGGAGGCCACGGCGUCGCGGAGGCCUCGCCCGCGGCGGUCGGGGAGCCGGCCGCGGAGCCCCUCGCCGACCGCGCCGAGGCGGCCACGGGCCCCCCGGGGAGGUCGCCGCCGGAAUCCUCGUGACCCCAUCCCGGGCACCAGCUCGGUCACUGCACCUGCGUCGCCGCGGCGGUGUCUCACCUCACAUCGCGCAGGUGCCUCGUCGUUUUUGUUUUCUCCUUUAGUGCCGUUCAACACCUUAAUUAAUUUUUUCAUCAGCAACUCGGUCGGAGAGCGAUGUGCUUCGGCCAGCCACGUUUCACCCGAGCGGUUGUCCUGCUCGCCUGGUGUCGCGCGCUUGUAGUUGCGUCUUCCUGAACCUGAAUUAUUAUCUGUUUUUUUUUCCGCGCCACUUGUGCAUGAGAGCGCCACUUGUGUAGCUCGUGACCUUUGAGAGCGCUUCCUUGGAGCGCUCUUCAUCAUGCCUCGCGCCCUUACUAUGACCAGGCGCCUGGAGAGCUUCAUUUUUGUUUCUCCCUCUCUCUCUCUCUCUUUUUGUCUCUGUCUCUCUGUCUUUUUUUCUCUCUCCCUUUUUCUGUCUGUCUCUGUCUGUCUUUGUCUUUCUCUCUUUUUCUCUCUGUCUGUCUGUCUGUCUCUCUCUCUCUCUCUCUCCCUCGUUGCGAUACAUGUCCAUAUGAUGGCUAGGCGAGUUGCCUUGAUCAGGGAAAAAUAGGAGCAGAUACGCUUCCAAUGUUUCGUAUUGACCCUGCCUGUGGCUGCACUGUGGGCGCCCCGUGCGCUGGCAUGCGUUUCUGGGUUCCCAUAUGCGGCCGCAUGCUUUUCGUGGGCAUGAGCCA